AUGCCCAACGGGGCGGCCUCAAACACCAAUGCAGUGAACCUCAAAAACUGUCGGGCACUGCAGGGCCUAGUGAAGAACGCGGCCGUGGGCAACGUGCUUUCACGCACCAUCGGCACUCGCCACGUGGCACCGUCGCUUCGGCAGCGCCCCGUACGCCGCGCCGCUGCGUGGUUUGGCGAUUAUGACGAUGACGUGAGCCAUCUCUUUUCUACACUCAUCGAGCUGCGCCCGGCCCAAUGCCCGGCACAAUUGUUGGCUGCCACCGCCGGACAUGCCUCCACUCCCCCUGUGCAGAAGGAUAAACACGGGAACAACGCGCCUGUCACGGAGAGCUCUGCCGACGAUGAGGAGUUGCUCGAGGGCUUCUACCCCACGGCGUACCUAGUUGAGACAGGGCAUCGUGCCUCCAGUAGCAUCGUCUUCAUGCAGAAGAAGGAGGACAGUUUUUCUGGCAGCAACGCCGCACAUUGUGCGGGUAGUGUCGCCGAUCGCGUGGUCCCCGCAUAA